AUGGCCGCCGCCGUGCGCAUCUGCGUCUGCGGUGAUGAAAGCACCGGCAAAUCGAGCCUCAUCGCUUCUCUAGUAAAAGAUCAAUUUGUCAACAACAAAAUCCAGCCCGUCCUUCCUCAAAUCACUAUCCCUCCUAGUAUUGGUACGCCCGAGAAUGUCUCAACAACGAUCGUCGAUACCUCAGCUCGCCCGCAAGACCGAACUACUUUGCGCAAAGAGAUCCGAAAGUGCAAUGUCAUCCUUCUCGUCUAUGCCGAUCAUUACAGCUACGAAAGAGUAGCACUGUUCUGGAUGCCAUACUUCCGAUCCCUCGGCGUCAACGUCCCCGUCGUAGUCGAGGAGGAAUUGUUACCUGUGAUGGCCGAGUUUCGCGAAAUCGAUUCUUGCAUCCGCACCAGCGCUCGAGACCAUCGAAACGUAAAUGAAGUCUUCUUCCUUUGUCAAAAGGCCGUAACUCAUCCAAUUGCCCCUCUAUUUGACUACAAGGAGGGGCAUCUCAAGCCUCUAUGCGUUGAUGCUCUGAGGCGCAUAUUCUAUCUUUGCGACAAAGAUCAGGACGGAUAUCUCAAUGAACAAGAAAUGAGAGACUUCCAAGCACGUUGUUUCGAUAAACCUCUGACAGCGGACGAUCUAGACAAUAUCAAACUCAGUAUCUCGAAAUCGUUGCCCACGUCCGAGUUAGAAAAGGGCAUUGACCUGCCGGGAUUCCUACAAUUAAACAAGCUUUAUGCUGAGAAGGGUCGCCAUGAGACUAUCUGGAUUAUCCUUCGAAAAUAUCACUAUACCGAUAGUCUCAGUCUCGAGGAUAAGUUUAUUAGACCCAAGUUCGAUGUUCCAGAGUACUCGUCGGCCGAGUUGAGUCCUGCCGGCUAUAGAUUCUUUGUGGAUCUCUUCUUGCUAUUUGACAAGGACAAUGAUGGUGGUCUCAAUGAUCAAGAACUCGAGGCUCUGUUUGCCCCAGCUCCAGGCCUUCCCAGUUCGUGGACCGACUCGUCGUUCCCCUCCUCGACUGUAAGGAAUGAAGCUGGGCACGUCACUUUGCAGGGCUGGCUGGCUCAGUGGAGUAUGACAACAUUUAUCGAACCCAAGACAACUAUUGAAUAUCUUGCGUAUCUGGGGUUUGAGCCUCCGAAUCCCAAAGAACCCAUCACCGCGGCACUCAAGAUAACCAAGCCUCGUAAGAGAAGAAGACGUCCUGGUCGGGUUGAGCGUAACGUGGUCCUCUGCUACGUUCUUGGUGCAUCAGGAGCAGGCAAAUCCGCUCUCCUCGACUCAUUCCUCAACCGCCCGUUUGAUGGUCUUUAUCAUCCGACCAUCAAGCCACGCCGCGCUGUCAACAGUGUCGAGCUGCCCGGUGGAAAGCAAGUGUACCUCAUUCUGGAAGAGCUUGGAGAGCUGGAGCCUGCAAUCCUUGAGAACCCGGCCAAGUUAGAUGCUUGCGAUCUUAUUUGCUACGCCUAUGACUCGUCUGACCCCGACUCGUUCUCGCAUAUCGUUGAUCUGCGGAGCAAAUACGCGCACCUUGAUGAGCUCCCUUCGAUUUAUACUGCUCUCAAGGCCGAUAAAGACAAGACAAACCAACGCUGUGAGCUUCAGCCGGAUCAGUAUACUGCCUCACUCAACAUGAGCCUGCCGUUACAUGUGAGUGUCACCUGGGGUAGCAUCAGUGAGCUUUUUGUAGGUUUUGCAGAUGCCGCUACAAAUCCCAGUACGGCUUUCCCCAGGAGCAAUGAGGAGGGACCUGAUCGGACCAGUUUGUAUAUUGCAUUAGGCGCCACGGCCUGCGCAGGAGUUGCCGCUUUGACGAUAUGGCGACGGGCAACGAAUGCUCUUUGA